UGUCAGAAAUGCGAUUAUAAGCAUCGAAUAACAAUUACAAGGAAAUUAUGGAAUUGUAAAAAAUGUAAACUUAUUUUCGCAUUUUUUCUGUCUGCUUCUAUAUAUCUCUCUAUCAGUUGAUCUUCCUGUCUCUCCCUCUAUCACUCUCUAUCUUUAUUUCUCUAGACAGUUUUUUCCCUACGGCGAAUCAUAGAGAUAUUAAAGCUAUCACAACAGAUGGCGCCAAAAGAGACAUACCUUUUUUUCUCUAUUCAGCAAUACACGGUAUUGUCGUAUUGUAAAGUUGGUAUACCUCAAACUUUUCUAUCUACAAUUUUCGAUAUUAUUAUUUAUAUAUACAUAUAUAUAUAUAUAUAUAUACUGUAUAUAUACAGCAUAUAUAAAGCAUAAACAAGCUUGCUAUCUUAUUAAAGAAUACUUUACAAUCGUCUACAAAAUAAAUGGAUAACUCGAAAUUAAUUAAGGAAUUUAAGAAACGAAUUGAGGACGUUCUUACACCAGAGUUCAAUAAUGACGAGGCCUUAUUCAGAUGGAUUAAAGCAAGAAAUUAUAAUGUGAAAAAAGCCGAAGAAAUGUUUAGAAAGGUUAGAAUUUCAAGUAUUUUAAAUAUUUCUAAUAAUUAUUAAUAAUUCAAAAACGCUAUUGAUUUUAAAUAAAAGCCAUAGCAAAAUGUAUAUAUAUUUGCUUCUCAAUUAUUAUAAUAUUCGUUUUUGUUAUAUAAGAAUUGCAUGUAUUGUUGUACAAACUUGUAACAAACUGUGAUAAAUUUUGAUAUAGACAAAAGGCCUAUUGUUUACGUACACGUGUUUUCUGUUGAGGAAACUCCUAAUUGUUAAUAUUAAGCCUAUACUAUUUUCCUCUAUUUAUUCAAUAAUCUAUUUAAGAGAAAUUAUUUCAGUGUUAUUUGUCAAUGGUAUGAUGUACAAGAAAACUUUACUUAUUGCGUGUUUAUUUUUCUCUUGAAUCAUUUUUCUAUAGAGUAUGAUAUGGAGGAAUCAAGUAAAACCGAAAGAAAUUAAGGAUAAUUACUCUAUACCGCAGGUUCUGCAAAAGUAUAUACCUGCUGGAUUUGCUGGAGUAGACAAAGAAGGAUCACCAGUUUUUGUAGAACUUUACGGACAAUACGACUUAAGAGGUUUAAUAUAUUCGGCAAAGCGUAUAGAUUUUGAAAAAAGAUGGAUUGUAAAUAAUGAAGGGAUUAUGGAUAGAUUAGCCGAAUUAUCAGUAAAGUCGGAUAAACCGAUUGAUGGAAUAACGGUUAUUCUUGAUUGUUCUGGAAUAGGUUUAUCAUUUUUAUGGAUGCCCGGCAUUGAAUUAUUAUCGCAUUUGGGAAAACUUAGUCAAGAUAAUUAUCCAGAAAUCGUGAAAAAAACGUUUAUAAUAAAUGCUCCAACAUUCUUUACGGUUUUAUGGGGAAUAUUUAGAAAAUUUAUUACAGACGAAAUGGCUCAGAAAAUAUCAGUUUUAGGAAAAAACUAUAGAGAACAAUUAUUACAAUAUAUCGAUGUUAACGAAUUACCAAAAUUUCUUGGUGGUAAUUUAACAGACGAAAACGGCGAUCCAAGAUGUAAAUUAAUGAUUCCUCAAAAUGGUAAAGUUGAUGAAAAAUACUAUUUAAAAGAAAUGGAUAUAAGCCAUAUGCAAAAAGUUACUAUUUCUAACGGAGGAGAUUUCAAUGUUAAACUUGAUAUUAAAAAAAUUGGCACUAUUUUAAGAUGGGAAUUUAAAACCGAAGAUUACGAUAUUGCAUUUGGAAUAACACUUCAAGACAAUACAAAAAUUAAACACAUAUUACCUCUUAAGAGAGUAAAUUCUCAUUUCGUUCCUGAAGAUGGCGCUAUUACUUGUGAAAAAGUUGGAACAUACGUAAUAAAGUUCGAUAACUCUCACAGCUGGACAAGGAAUAAGAUAUUAUAUUAUAAUGUCGAUUAUAUCGAACCAGAAGAAGAAAAGAAGGAGAAUUUAAGUGAAGAUAUUGACGAUCUGAAUGAUAAUUUUAUAUGUGUAAAACUAUAGAUUUAUGCGCUCUUGUAUUUUUUCUUUUAAAGUACAAAAAACAAACCAAACUCUUAAGUGAUUGUAAAAAGAUACUUGAAGAAAAACAAGCUUUUUUUUGUUAUUUCAAUGACAAAGUCUUUUUUUUUUAAACAUAUAAAACAAAACAAAAGAUAGACUAAAAAUAUAAUUAAAACAUUAAAAAAAAAAAGACUGGGGCACAGAGAAGAGAAGUUUUAAUCUAAUUGAAAAUAUCUUUUACUAAUCCAAUUGUUGUUAAUCUUUUUCUCUUUUAAUGUCAUUUUUUAUAUAUAUAAUUUGUCUUUUUAAAAAAACAAAAUAUUAAAAUAUAUUCUCAUUAAUAUCUGCAUUUUCAACAGUUGAAAAUGUAUUUUAUAUAUGUCAUACACGUA